GUCCCUCCGAAAACUGCCACCUUCCAACAUCGACCCUUCCGACGAGCAGCAAAUACCGCCACGAUGUUGAUUCCCAAGGCCGACCGCAAGAAGAUCCACGAGUACCUCUUCCGUGAGGGUGUCCUCGUCGCCCAGAAGGACUUCAACCUUCCCAAGCACCCCGAUAUCGACACCAAGAACCUGUUCGUUAUCAAGGCUAUGCAGUCGCUCAACUCUCGCGGCUAUGUCAAGACUCAGUUCUCUUGGCAAUACUACUACUACACCCUGACCCCCGAGGGUCUCGACUACCUCCGCGAGUGGCUUCACCUCCCCGCUGAGAUCGUUCCCGCUACCCACAUCAAGCAACAACGAUCGCACGCUCCUCCCCGUGGCAUGCUCGGUGAGGGCGAGCGCGAGCGACGACCUUUCGGCCGUGGCCGCGGUGGUGACCGAGGUGACCGUGAGGGUGGAUACCGACGAAGGGAUGCUGGCGAGGGCAAGGAGGGUGGUGCUCCCGGCGAGUUCGCUCCUCAGUUCCGUGGUGGAUUUGGCCGUGGCCGUGGCGCUGCCCCCCCUUCUUAAACGAACCCAUUUUAUCAUCUAGGUGGUCAUAAAUGAGAAGCAUGGCGAAGGGUAUCGGCAUGUACUCAUAAAAAAUGGAGGGCAAUUUCUACCAUGGGUUUCGCUCGUGUGACAGGGGUUGCGUGGGGGAUCCGUGGGAGUUUGAGGGUUUUAGAACCUCGGAAUCAUUUGCAUCAAGGUCAAUGUUUGCCGCCGUCAAAACGAGAUAAUUGCUCGGGAGAUACGUGAAGACGUCAAUCUUUUCAGUGAUGUGAGACGAGACCUAAUGUUUAUGCCAAACGCCCACUGAGGCACGUCUAAAUGAAUCAUCCGUGCCGUCACCUCAGAUUCC